GACAGAAGGAAGUCUCACAAACCCUGUGGCAUUAUAAUAAAUGGACCACACCUACACUCUGCUGCUGUAAAGAAAGAACCAUUGCCCUUGUACCUGGUUCCUGCUUUAGACGAUAAGACGAACUUCAGAAUACUGUAAACUGAUUAAAACGUGCUGGGUAACGAUGGCAGGAAGCUUCGCGAGGGUUUUAUCAAGUAAGAGGAAGGUGGGCAUCUUGUCGUUGGUCGGUGCGGGCUCUCUGACGGUGGGAUUCUUCAUGAAUAGAGAGCAGCACGUCAGCGCUGGAGCGCACGUACGGAGAAUCUAUCCUCCCAGUGCUGAAUAUCCAGAUUUGCGGAAGCACAAUAAUUGUAUGGCCAGUCACCUGACACCGGCUAUAUAUGCCAAGCUGGUUCAUAAAUCCACGCCGAAUGGUUACACUUUGGACGAAGCCAUCCAAACAGGCGUGGACAAUCCAGGCCACCCCUUUAUAAAGACAGUAGGCAUGGUGGCUGGAGAUGAGGAGUCAUAUGAGGUCUUUGCUGACAUUUUUAACCCGAUCAUUAAAGAGAGACACAAUGGUUAUGACCCCUGCACCAUGAAACACCCCACUGACCUGGAUUCCAGUAAGAUAAGGGGCGGACUGUUUGAUGAGAAGUACGUGCUAUCAUCUCGAGUCAGGACAGGCAGGAGUAUCCGAGGCUUGAGUCUGCCUCCAGCCUGCACCCGUGCUGAGCGUAGAGAGGUAGAGAGAGUCGUGGUUGAUGCUCUUGGAGGCCUACGAGGAGAUUUGACUGGAAAAUACUUCAGCCUCACUCAAAUGACCGAUCAAGAGCAGCAACAACUUAUUGAUGAUCACUUCCUGUUUGAUAAACCUGUAUCGCCCCUGCUUACAUGUUCAGGCAUGGCACGUGACUGGCCCGACGCGAGAGGCAUCUGGCACAAUAAUGAGAAAACCUUCCUGGUGUGGAUCAAUGAAGAAGACCACACACGUGUGAUCUCUAUGGAGAAGGGGGGCAACAUGAAGAGGGUCUUUGAGCGUUUCUGCAAGGGGCUUCAAGAGGUUGAGAGACUGAUUCAAGAGAAGGGUUGGGAGUUCAUGUGGAACGAGCGACUGGGUUACAUCCUCACCUGCCCAUCAAACCUGGGCACAGGUUUACGAGCCGGUGUCCAUGUUAGCCUUCCACGUCUCAGCAAGGAUCCCCGAUUCGCUAAGAUCCUGGAUAACCUGCGGCUUCAAAAGAGAGGUACUGGGGGUGUGGACACUGCAGCUGUUGGAAACACUUUUGAUAUUUCCAAUCUGGACAGGCUGGGCCAGUCCGAGGUCCAACUGGUUCAGACCGUUAUCGAUGGAGUGGCCUAUCUCAUUGAGUGCGAGAAGAGAUUGGAGAAAGGCCAAGACAUCAAAAUUCCCGCCCCCAUUAGCCAGUUUAAAUAGGACAGGUUGUGACUCCGCCCCCUCCUCUCAUGGCUCCUCCCUCCCGUUGGUCCCCCUCUCUUUAAUAUUCCACUGAUAUUGUUGCAUACAGCAUGCCUUUGUGUUACGUCACACAUGUCAAACUCCAGUAUAAAACAGGGGUGAAUGUAUUGUACUUCAUGAUUGUGUAAUUGUGGCGCUGUUGAUUUGUCACAUUGUUAACUGAUUGUGUUGCAAUAAUACUGUUAUAACCAUCAUGAAGAAUGGCCUCAGUUUAGACAAGUAGAUAUUUGUGUGAAGAUGAUGACAAUAGAAAUGGCUUUUAAAUGAUAUUCAUUGCUGCUCUCUCAUGUGAGUGUGUUUUACUGUGGUAGAGUUAUAAGUCAUGUGACAAAAGCUUUUUUAUCUUUUCCCUCAUUUUCUCAGAGCUUUACAAUAACAGGGUGACAUUUGAGUGCACAAUAAUAUAAAUAUAUGAGAUAGAUUGAUUGAUUGAGAGAUAGAUGCACAAGAAACAAAUGUGAGAAGCGCCUUUGUUAAAAUUAUUAUCACAAGUUCUUCUGAAAAUAAGAUUUUCGGAUUACAUCAAAUAGGCUAAAAAAUUGUAACUGCUAAUAAAAUUACAAUAAAACGCAUCCUAUGCCA